AUAUACCGUGUAUUAUAUUCCAUAUGUAAUAAAAAAUUGUCCUUAUCUGUUUGUUUUUCCGGGUUUAAUCAUUCCGCGAUAUUUCGUCUUUGCUUUUCCAAUAUGCAUUUUGUUGCUCCUUCUCGUGCGCCCUUUAUCACUUCUAGGAUUUUCCAAAGACUUUAUUCAUCUUAUAUUGAAUAUUACCCAAACAUCAAUUGGAUUGAAUUUAAGGAUGAACAACCUGUAGACUUUCCUCCCGAAAGAAGAAGGCUACGACCGCUUCCUCGCCAGCCGACACCUCUUAUGCAUACAAAACAAAUACAAUAUCCAAGAAACAUGAUUGAUAUAAGGGGUCCAGAUUUAGUAAACUGUGAUUUAAAAUACGGACAGUACGGCAUCCAAGCUCUGCAAGGCGGUGAGCUUAAAUUUGGUCAUAUCGAAAUGCUGAGAAAUACAAUUAAUAGAGAGAUCGAUGAAAAUAGUCAAUUUGCAAUUUGGGGCAUUGAUCCACCCUGGAAACCCAAAACCAAAAGAUCUGCUGGUAGUCGUAUGGGUGGCGGAAAAGGUGACGUACACCAUUAUGUGACUCCAGUAAAGGCCUACCGCAUUCUCGUCGAACUCGGGGGACAUUUGCAUUGGCGACGAGCGUACCAUAUCCUUAGUCGUGUUGCCGCCAUUCUUCCUUUUAAGUCUAGGUUUAUUUCUAAAGAGAUAAUGGACAUGGAAUCACGAAUCGAAGCUUAUAUUAAUAAGCAUAACAUUAAUCCUUUCUCGAACACAUGUAAAGCGUUAGCCCAUAACUAUGCUGGAGCCCGUUCAUUAGUUAGCCCUUGGCAUAUUGAAUGGGGUAGUCUUGACUUCUGGUGA